AUGGUAGUCCUUCUGCACUAUCACCACCACCAGACAUCUGCCCUGACGACCGGACAGUUUUUGGAGCGCAUCAUCGGCCAAAUGUUCAGCCAAGUGGGUGUCGAUACGCUCAUCAUCUGGGACGUGGUUGGUGCUACAACGGUCGGUGUAAAACAUCUGCCCUACCCAAAAAUCAUAUACGAUCGCCGGAUGGCAUUGAGCCAAACCCUACGAGAAACCUGUCUCGUCGUGAUGGAAUUCAACGAAACACCAAUCAAUGACAUCAGUGCCCUGUUCGGGAAGGCGUUCACCGGCGCCAACAAACACUACCAGGCGAAGUAUCUCGUCCUGCUCGAUCACGACGCCAGCGGACUAAGCCGAAAGGUGUCGAGUGUCGAUUACUUCUUCAAGGUACUACAAAUCACGCAGUACGCGAUCGCGAUCCACUCCACCCAGCUGGACACGGUCGGGACGGUUGGCUACCCUGCGUCGGAUGAGUUCGUCUACUACGAGCCAACGGACGAUCUGGGGAAUAUUUUCGAUGCUCGCCUGCGAGGUUUGCCAUUCCGCGCCAUCAUCACCGAAAGCAAACCGUUCACGUUCAUGGGACGCAAUCGCGAGUACACCGGGCUGGACGUGGAGAUAGCGAAGAUCGUGACGCGUGCUCUCGGGUUGCGGUUGUUUUUCACGCGCAUGCACACGACACAGGCAGAUCGCAUCCAGAACCUGCUGUACGAUCGCAAAGUGGACGUGUACCUAACGCGGCGUGGUUGCAACACACAGAUCAAUCUCCCGGCCGUCCAUCUACACCAGCGUACGGCGAUGCGGCUUAUGAUGCCACGAUCACUGAGGAUCAACUUUAACCUGCAGUUUCUGAAGCCGUACAAAUCCGAGGUGUGGUAUCUGCUGUUGGGGCUGCUUCUUGCGAUCUGCGUGCUCAACUGGCUGUUCCGGAACCGGCUCGGAAGCGUAAACGUGCUGAUGAUGAUCAUCUUCGGGCACAGCCGGGAAACGACCCGUCUGACGGCCCUGCUCGUGGUUGUGGUACAGUUCCUUAAGUUCAUCCUGCUCGAAACGUACCUCGGUCAGGUGACGUCGUUCAUGAUCCAGCUACGCUACCAAGAGAACCCACAAACGCUGGAGCAGUUCUUCGAGUCGGGUGUGCUGUUGGCUAUGCCUACGGAGAUGAACCGGUUCCUGCUUCAUUUGCCCGAGCGUUUGGCGCAACGGUUACGUCCGAUAUUGCGCGUGCAGCCGAUGGACGACGAUGAUCACUGGACGUACGACCCGCGGUACGCGUACAUGGUGUCGGAGUACGCGUCCGAUACGCUUGAAGGCGAGUUCUCGGAGGAACUGAACUUUGACGCGUCUCAGUUCUACAUCAUGCGCGAACCACUGCACGAGAUCGAGAUGUGCUAUCUGUUCGGUGUGUGGUCUCGCUUUGUGGUGGAGUACAAGAAGUACCUCGAGUGGUUGUAUGCCAGCGGGAUCAUGCUUAAGCUUACGCGGGAUGCCUGGCGCUUGGCUGGACAGUCUUUGCGCUCCUCCACGUCCACGGUGCUGCUGUUUACCGAUCUCGUACCGGUAUUUUUCUUCCUGUGCUACGGUUGGGCGCUUAGUCUGCUCAUGUUCACGCUGGAGCACGUGACGAAGCACAGCAGGAUGAGGUGUUGGGAGCGUUUUCCUCGCUGCCGGUUGCCUAUCGUUAGGAAGCGGAACUGA